ACCAGAAGCAACACAUGAUGAAACAUGUAGAGGACUCUGAAUAGAUUAAGGAAGUCAUACCGAAGGCCUGGAAACUCUUUGGGAAACAACAUACUGGGCUUUUCACCAACACCGGACCGUUGUAUGAAGUUAAAAGAAACGGAUGGCAAAUGACCAGCUUCCAGACUACUUUUUAUGGACCGUAGCCAUGGACGUCUAAUGGCUAAACCUUCAAUGAAUGGUUUUGUCUUUUGGGUCACUGGGAGCACUGAAGAAUGGAGGAUCCAUUCCAGACAGUCUCUCAAGGGUCUGUCAUGCUACCUCAGAGAAGAAUGAGCAAUUUUCACCAGAUGGAGAUAAGCACAUGUUGCUACUGAACUGGUCCAAUGGUUCAUUUGUCUGGACAGAGAACUAAUGGGACUCUGAAGAAGAGGAAGUGUCCGUAACUUGACCCAUGACAAAGUAUGUGCAUGAAGAGCCAGGCUGAAGUUAAAAGAGUGGGUGAAAUGGGACUCAACUGUAAAGUUUUAAACAAAAUUUGCUUUGUGUUCUACACCUGGGAAAUAUGAGACUUUAGUUGACGGACAAAACACAAACAGUUCUUCUUCCUUUUAAUCAAAGACAUACCCUAGUGACUUCAACAAGUGGUUCUGGCAUGGGCGGCCUUUGGCUGAUCUUUAUGUCUUGUUUUUGAUGGUACGCAGAGAUGCCCCAACUUUAUUGAACUACGUCAUCCUACCUAAAUUGUUGUUGAGGUUGUCAGCUGUGAUGCUGCGCAGGGGUCUUCUGGCCUGGCUCUCACGUGUGGGUGUUGUGUUAGUGGUGGUAUGCUGUUGUCUUUCCCUCCUUUAUGCCAUCACCUGCAGCCCCCAUGCUGAUGAGCUCAUGGCUGGGCAGCCCCUUCCCAGGGCUGGAGGGAUGGCUAUGCCAGGAGGUCCAAGCAGGCCAGGUGGUGUUGGAGGUGCCCCUGUAGGCCCUGCUGGACGGGAAAGGUUCCAAGCCCUUCUCCAAGAGCGUGAAGAGCAGCACCGGCAGCAUAUUACCAGCUUGAAAAAACAAAUUGCUCAACUUAAAGAGGCUCUCCAGGAACGGAGCAAACAACUUAAAGGCCUGCAGGACUCUGUGGAGAAGACAGCUGGGAAGGGGACGGUGGGUGACGUGGCUGACGACCACAGUCGCAGCGACCUGCAGGAGUUCCUACGCAGCCAGCUGAGCCGGGCGGAGGUGCACUCUGGCGUUCGACUGCCAAGCGAGUACGCUGUAGUGCCCUUUGAGAGUUUCACCUUACAACGUGUCUACCAGCUGGAAAUGGGGUUGACCCGUCACCCUGAGGAGAAGCCGGUGAGGAAGGACCGCAGGGAUGAGCUGGGGGAGGUGGUGGAGAGUGCACUGCACGCCCUCAAUGCACCAAAUCAAGGUGGAGACCAAACAAAAGCUAGCAAAGUCUACACACCAUCAGACUUUAUAGAAGGCCUAGCGCGCACUGAGAAGGACAAGGGCACGCUGUACGAGCUGACCUUCCGUGGGGAGCAGAAGCAGGAGUUUCGCCGGCUGCUCCUCUUCCGCCCCUUCGGCCCCCUCAUGAAAGUGAAGAGUGAGCUGGUGGAGUCGGCCAACAUGGCCAUUAACAUCGUGCUGCCUCUGUCCCAGAGAGCCGACAAAUUCAGACAGUUCAUGCACAACUUCAGAGAGGUGUGUGUGAAGCAGGACGGACGGGUGCACCUUACCGUGGUUUACUUUGGAAAGGACCAGAUGAAUGAGGUCAAAGGAACCUUGGAGAACACAUCGAGGGAGCUGAAUUUCCGUAACUUCACUCUGAUUCAGCUGAAUGAGGAGUUUUCUCGGGGUCGAGGGCUGGAUGUGGGCGCUCGUGCCUGGAAGGGAGGCAAUGUGCUGCUCUUCUUCUGUGACGUGGACAUCUUCUUCACAGCUGACUUCCUGAACACUUGCCGUCUGAAUGCCCAGCCAGGAAAGAAAGUGUUUUACCCCAUUCUCUUCAGCCAGUACAACCCAGCUGUAAUCUACGGCAGUCAUGAUCACAUGCCCCCUGUGGAACAGCAGCUGACCAUUAAGAAAGACACAGGCUUUUGGAGGGACUUUGGCUUCGGGAUGACCUGCCAGUACAGAUCAGAUUUCAUCAGUAUAGGUGGUUUCGAUGUGGACAUUAAAGGCUGGGGCGGUGAGGACGUCCACCUGUACAGGAAGUACCUCCACAGUAACCUGCUGGUGGUGCGUGCCCCGUCACGAGGUCUCUUCCACCUGUGGCAUGAGAAGCACUGCGCUGACGAACUGCCUCCGGACCAGUACAAGAUGUGCAUGCAGUCCAAAGCCAUGAACGAGGCCUCGCACGGCCAGCUGGGCAUGCUGCUCUUCAGACACGAGAUCGAGGCACACCUCCGCAAACAGAAGCAGCGGAGCGGAGCUAAAAAAUCCUGAUGGACGUUAUCGCAUGUAUACAUGCUCUUAAAGAGACAGGAACGUUCUGUCCUUAUUUACUGAGCCUCGUGGAAGCAGAGCUCUGGUUCUUCUUUUUGCUGUUUUUACAGUGAAUACUGACUGAAGCUUAUAAAAUCAUUUUAAAAGGGAGCAACCUAUGUUUAUGAUAAAAAUUGUAAAGAAUUGAAUAUUUUUAUUGAAUCACAUCGCAGAACCAGUUUGAACGAUUUACUCAUUAUUCAGACUGAUCUGUAAUUUUUUUUCUCCUGUUUCUUGUUGUAUUGCUUUAGCAGUCUUGAAAUGUAGUAUAAAAAUAAUUACACUGCCAUCCAAAUGUUUGAAAUAAUUUAGAUUUUUUAUGUUUUUGAAUGAAGACUUUUGUGCUCACCAAGGCUCCAUUUAAUUGAUAAAAAUACAGUAAAAUACAUUUGUAAGGUUACAAAAGAUUUAUAUUUCAAAUAAAUGCUGGUCAUUGAACUUUUUAUUCAUUAAAAGAUCCUGGAAAGAAAUCCACAAAAAAUAUAUAUUAAGCAGCAAAAACUGCUUUCAACAUGAAUAAUAAUAAGACACAUUAUUAAUAAUUGAGCACCAAUAAUAAUUGCUAAAAAGUGAAAACCAAAUCAUCAUUUCAGAAUGAAUUCUGAAGGAUCCUGUGACACUGAAGACUGGAGUAAUGAUGCUGAAAAUACAGCUUUGAUCACAGGAAUAAAUUACAUUUUUAAAUAUAUGAAAAAAGAAAACAGGUAUUCUGAAUUGUAAUAAUAUUUCACAAUAUUACAAUUUUACUAUAUUUUUGAUCUAACAAAUUCAGCCUUGUUGAGCAUAAUUUUUAUAUCUUAAUUAUUCCCAAAUGUUUGAUUGUAAAUUGCAUGGAAAAGAGCAUCCUGUCCAUUUUUCAGAAGUUCUCCUUUUAUAUUCCACAGAGGAAACAAUCAUUUGGUUCAACAUGACAGGAGGGCGAGUAAAUGAAAACAGAAUUAUGUUAUGCAUGAGAGGGGAAGUGAAGAAAUUAUACAGUACUCCCUUCAGUGAAGAGCCGGUUUUAGCCAAACGGACGCACACACACAUGCAAACACUGAGAUAACAGACAGACAUUCCCUUAAGACGAGAUAGUCAUGUGUGGGUGCGCUGUAAAGGACCUUCAAGUCUCUUUGGAGUGAUACAGUAUGAUCACAGUAUUUUAGAGAUGCAGCACAUGAUGUGUCUGUAUUGCAGUCAGUGGGUUAUGCAGAUGACAUUUAGAUGAGACACUUUGUUUAAACUUUUUUUUUGGGGGGGAUGCAAGUGAGAAAAAAUGCUUUAUUGCUAUUAAUGUAUAAUAUGGGUACAUAAAUUCUAAAUAGUGACGCGAUGAGUGAGAAGAAGACUGAGGGCUAAUGUACGUUAUGUAUACAAUUCAGUUCAGCUUGUUCUUGAUUUAUUAAUGUUGUGGUGCCACCUUGUGGUGCCAUUUAUUAAAAUGGCCAGGGAGCUUAGAGGAGCUUCAUUAUAUACUCAAACAAAACAAAUGUAUUCAUUUUAAAAGAAAAUCUAAUUCUAAUUUUGAUUUCAAAGACACCAAGAAUUGUAAUAUUUUAGUGAUAUUUUCUAUGAUACAAAUUUUUGUUUGUAAAGAGUAUUGUGAGUGCUGAAGAUUAACAGUAUUUGAUAGAAGGUUUAUUUAAGUGACCAUUCCAAAUACUUAUGUUUGUGCACAAUUUAUAAUCUUCAGAUUUAGCUGAAUUAGUUUGAAGUUCAGGCAGAAUACAAGUCUGUCAGGUAUAUCAAAGACUUCAGGGUGCAUAGCACUCUGUUUUUCUCCUAGUGCUGUGUACAGUAGUUGAAAUUUAUUAUUUUCUGGCGGACAAGAUUUUUAUUUGAUUUUGACCUUUUUCACCCCAUAAUAUAUAGUUAUAUGUCAUGUGUUCUUUAAAUAUUUUGUUUAGGCACGAAUUCGCUCUGAUGUAAAAAAAAAAAAAAAUCUAUUGUAAAUGAGAAGUCAUUUAGAUUUUUUGAGGACAAAGCAGAAUAAAAUGAAAGGUAAAAAGUCACUGAUUUUCAUAGGUCUUUAUUUGCUAAUAACUCCAUUGAAAAUUAUUUUCCGAUAUUACCUCAAGAUGGCAGUAUUGCAUAAUUAAUUUAAACCGUCAUGCCCUCUUAAUAUUUUGUAUCUAUAUGGCUUGCCAUGUGAUGAAGUGUAUUGUGAUUUUUGAUAAUUUGAAAACAAGUUUUUAAUAUAAUUAUUUUAUUGAUUUUAUAUGACAUUGUUUGUGAAGGACACCUCUUAAUGGCUCAAAAAACAAAAAUCAGAUUUUAGAAUAAUACUUAAAGAGUAAGCAUACAUCGAUGCUUCAUUUUGAUAGCACACUCAAGUUGUUUAAUGAAUGCUAUUUGAGUGUUCAGAAAUUACAUAUUCUCAAUAUAUAAACUACUUUUCCUGUUAUCCUGUUAUUAAAUCAUUACUACAUUAUUUAUUGUUACAUAGACUACUUUAAACAUUGUAAACAAAAGAUCUUACUGCUCUCUAUUUAUACUUCUUUCAAACUUUUACACUCGUUACAAUAAACUAUUAUUAUUGUU